AUGGGAGAUUUGCCAAGUAGUCGAAUAACAAAAUCUCGUCCUUUUGAAAAAGUUGGGGUAGAUUUCGCAGGACCGUUAGUCACAAAAUGUCAGCAUCUCAGAAAAGCUACCCAAUUCAAGUCUUACCUUUGUUUAUUCAUAUGCACAGCGACUAGAGCAGUUCAUCUCGAACUCGUGUCCAGUAUGUCUACGGAAGCAUUCUUAUCCGCACUUCGUCGAUUUAUUGCACGACGAGGCCAUCCCACUGAUAUCCUGUCAGACAAUGGAUCGAAUUUUAUAGGUUCAGAUAAUUAUCUAAAGCAAUUAUUCAAGUUAGUCCAAGACCAGUCUGUACAAAAUUUCCUGACUGUGAGAAACAUCAGUUGGAAAUUCAUUCCACCAUAUGCUCCCAAUUUCGGUGGUGUUUGGGAGUCAUCCAUCAAACUCGCCAAAAGACAUCUCUUUAAAACUUGUCAAGGACAUUUGCUUAAUUUUGAAGAACUGUCCUCUCUCUUAUGUCAGAUAGAGGCCUGUAUUAAUUCAAGACCUCUAGUACCACUUUCCAAUGAUCCAGCUGAUCUCAGGGCUCUCACCCCUGGGCAUUUCCUAAUCGGGGAACCUCUUCUUGAGCUUCCUGAAGGAACUAGUCUCACUAAUCAAAAUCUUAGUCUUUCUUGCAGAUGGAAAAGUCUCUUACAGUUAAAACAUCAAUUUUGGAAUAGAUGGACUAGAGACGUCCUUCACCAUUUGCAAGCCCGACGGAAGUGGCAUCAACAUCGUCCUCCUUUGAGUGUCGGAGAUCUCGUCCUUAUUCAAGCUGAUAACAUGCCUCCAUUAUCCUGGCCACUAGCGCGUAUCCUGGAGAUCAUCCCCGGAACAGAUGGUAUCCCUAGAGUUGCCCUGCUUCGUACUCCAUCAGGACCUGCCAAAAGAGCCAUUAACAGACUCAUUGCACUACCGGUGCCGACAUGCCGCGCCCCGGAGGAUGGUGAUUCAUCUGAACGCCAACAGAUGGCGCAACGAAAAUCCAGAACUUUGAACUCUUGUUUAUGUUCAGGGACUAGGCAUUCUUAG